ACUCCACUUGCGCCUGUUCUGCACGAGUCGGGACAAACUGCACUUAAAUAACUAACUUUAGACUUCAUAACGUCAGUGAUCAUGAGUCAAUGCACGAACUUCACUGAGGGCGAGUUCUAUCAGGAGCAUUUUGACUCGCGCGCAUAUGUUAAAAAUUUCUAUUCCUGUCCUGUCGGUCACUCUGACGAGAAGAACUUCCUUACUUUCGUUUUGAAAUGCUUUAGUCAAGUUUUCUCCGCGGGAGAAAACAAAGGUCGGAUGCUGAUCGACGUGGGCAGCGGACCGACAAUCCACAGCGUCUUGAGCGCGUGCGAACAUUAUGACGACAUUGUGCUGUCUGAUUUCUCACAAAGCAAUCGUGAGGAAAUAGAGAAAUGGUUGGAGAAUCAAGAUGGUUGUUUAGAUUGGAAACCUCUUUUGCAGCACGUUUGUGAAAUGGAGGGGAAAAGCCCGUCCAAUUUGGAAGCUGCACUGAAGCAACGAGUCAAAAAGGUUUUAAAAUGUGAUGUCCGCUUGGAGAAUCCAUUCUAUCCUCACACACUGGAACCGGCUGACUGUGUCGUCACAUCUCUGUGCUUAGAAGCAGCAUGUAAAGACAUUCCUUCAUACUGUCGUGCUUUAGGUGGGCUCACCAAGCUCCUGCGUCCUGGUGGACUUUUGGUUAUGGUUGGUGUUCUGGGUGAAACCUUCUACAAGGUGAAUGAACAGGUGUUUUCUUGUAUAAGCCUGAAUAAGCAUGAUAUUGAGGAAGCAAUCCAAGGUUCAGGCCUUUCUCUCCACGAGUUUAAUAUUCUGCCUGCAGAAGACCGUGAAGACAACUCUGUGUCUGACUUUGAGGCUGUUUUUCAUCUUACGGCGAGAAAGCCUUCUGACUGACAGAGCAAACAGACUGUACAGAAUUAUAUAACUAACCCAUUCUCAUUCACAACUAUAUUGAUGUUUGGUCAUAACCCCUUUCAUCACUUUUUAACACAGGGUAUAGAUGCAGGGUUAUUACUGCUUUUAAUGGGCAUGGGCAUGCAAAUAUAUCGUUGUAAUGACAUUGUAUAUUGGAGUGUAUAUUUAACUGUGUAUGUGACCAAUAAAAUCGUGACGUCUUGAA